CAUAAAUGAAUGGUGGGCUCGACAUUUACGCAAGGUUCCUGAUUGGUCGCCGUGUCCGACCGAGAUAAACACGGACAAGGGUAUAUAUAUUGUGACAAGAUGUAAGCCAUCUAAGAGAAACUUCAGGAAGACUUUUACGCACGUCAUUUUACGCACGCAUAAAGAUGAGAGGGCAGAUCCAGAAAGCUCCCCAGAUUUUGGAGCUGCUGAAGAAGAAGCCUGUGGGUCUUCAGCACUGCAAGACCACAACGUCGGUGUGCGUGCUGGACGCAAAGGAUGCUGUGCCGAGCGCGCCCUGCGCUCACAGCCUCGACUCCAUCCCUGGACCAACCAACUGGCCGCUGUUCGGCAGCCUUAUUGAACUCCUUCGGAAGGGAGGUUUAAAAAGACAACACGAGGCGUUGAUCGAUUACCAUAAGAAGUUCGGAAAGAUCUUUCGGAUGAAACUCGGAUCUUUUGAGUCGGUUCACAUCGGCGCUCCGUGUUUACUGGAGGCGCUUUACCGCAAAGAGAGCAACUAUCCUCAGAGGCUGGAGAUUAAACCUUGGAAAGCUUACAGAGACAUGCGAGACGAGGCUUAUGGGCUGCUGAUAUUAGAGGGGAAGGAUUGGCAGCGCGUGCGCAGCGCAUUUCAACAGAAGUUAAUGAAACCAAGUGAAGUCAUGAAGCUGGACGGAAAAAUCAAUGAAGUUUCAGCAGACUUGGUUAAGAGAAUGGGAACAGCUCAUGUGGAUGGGAAGAUCAAUGAUUUGUAUUUUGAACUCAACAAGUGGUCCUUUGAAACCAUUUGCUAUGUGCUCUAUGACAAACGUUUCGGUCUCCUGCAAGAAAGCGUCAGCGAGGAAGCCAUGGAUUUUAUCACGGCGAUAAAGACGAUGAUGAGCACCUUUGGAACCAUGAUGGUGACGCCUGUGGAGCUCCAUAAAACCCUAAAUACGAAAACAUGGCAAGACCACACAGCAGCCUGGGACCGCAUUUUUAGCACAGCAAAACUUUACAUCGACAAGAAAUUGGAGAAACACUCAAAAGGGGAGGCCAAAGAUUUCCUCUGUGAUAUCUACCAUCAAAAUCACCUCACCAAGAAGGAGCUGUAUGCCGCUACAACAGAGCUCCAGGUUGGAGGAGUGGAGACGACGGCCAAUAGCAUGCUGUGGGCUAUUUUCAAUCUCUCACGUAAUCCCUGCGCACAAGGAAAACUUCUGAAGGAGAUCCAAGAGGUGAUUCCAUCCGGGCAGACACCAUGUGCCAUGCACAUCAAGAAUAUGCCUUACCUCAAAGCCUGUCUGAAAGAGUCAAUGAGACUUACACCAUCCAUCCCCUUCACAAGCCGAACUUUAGACAAGGACACGGUGCUGUGCGAUUACACUUUACCUAAGGGCACAAUACUGAUGAUCAACAGUCAGGCUCUGGGUUCAAAUGAAGAAUAUUUUGACAAUGGAAAGCAGUUCAGACCGGAGCGCUGGCUUCAGGAAAAGAGCUCCAUCAACCCAUUUGCUCACGUGCCCUUCGGGAUCGGAAAGAGAAUGUGCAUCGGUCGACGUCUUGCUGAACUACAAAUCCAGUUGGGUUUGUGCUGGAUACUACGUGAUUAUGAGAUCGUGGCCACAGAUUUUGAGCCAGUGGAAGCGUUGCAUUCUGGAACGUUGGUUCCCAGUCGAGAGCUUCCAGUGGCUUUUAUUCCCAGAUAAGAUAAUGAACCAAUGUUAACCUCAAUGGAUGAUGUCAUAGAUCCAAAACGCCUUUAUGCUGCUAACCAGAAUGUAUCAGAUCGCCUUUUUACAUAUACCUCAUAUCAUGAAGUAUAUAGUUUUUCCUAAAGUAAAUAUAGUUUAAACAUGAUUCUUUUAUUUAUUACAAUAAGCAUUUGAAGAAAAUAUUUAAAGUGUUGACUUAAUUGCUGCUAAACUAUUUCUUUAUUAAUGUUAUAUGAAAUAUUAUUUAGCACUGAAAUCAUUCCAUGUACAGUAUGUAAAAUUUUGUAGACUUUUCUGAAUGGAAAUAUUUUGUGUAGAAAUCUUGUACAUACAUUUCAUACAUAAUAUUAUAUUUAUAUACACAGCUGAACAAAACUUGUUUAUUGUAUUGUCUAAAAAACAGUGAAUGUUGUUUGUUUGUUUAUCAAAGAGUUUAGAGGAUCUUGGAUGUUGUUAAGCCUCAAACCACUUUUGUGUCUAAAUAAAAACACAUUCUGAUA